AUGGCGGACCAGGACAUGCACGAUCACCACCAGCACCGCGAGGACGACGAUGCCAUGCUUGACCCCAACGAGGCAGAAGAAGUGAUAGACCAAGACGACGAUGCAGCCAUGGACUCGGGCGACGACGAGGACAACCAGAUCAUGCAAGAGAUACAGCUCCGAAACGACAGCUCAGCCCAUUUCGACCAUCACAAAAAGAGCAUCUUCUGCAUAGCACAACACCCCACACGGCCAGAAAUUGUCGCAACGGGUGCUGGCGAUGACAUAGCAUAUGUAUGGGACAGCACGCCUCCCGAGGGUCCUGUACUGCCAGCUAGCUACGAGACCGAUCCACAGCCGAGGGAGAGGAAAGGACAGGAGAUCCUGGCCAAGCUGGAGGAGCAAGACGAGAGUGUCAAUGCCAUAUGUUUCACGCUUCCGAAGGGCGAAUAUAUUGCCACAGCUACGCUUGCGGGUAAGCUCAAUGUAUACACAACACCAACGGACUCAAAGCCUGCAAAGUUGAUCGGGUCGGCGAAAGAAGUGGACUCGGUCAACUGGAUGCUAGCAUGCCCACAUAAGGACUACCCAAACACGAUCGCUCUCGGCGCAGACGAUGGAUCCGUCUGGAUAUACACAGUCAACGCGUCAGAUCCGUCGAGCCCUCUGACGAUCGUCCAAUCUUUCUUCCUACAUCAAGCACCAUGCACGGCAGGAGCCUGGACGCCAGACGGCAAACUCCUCGCUACAGUGGCAGAAGACAGCAGCCUCUUCGUCUGGGACCCCUUUGGCGAUGCUGCUGCAGCAGGUGUCACAGACCCGAACGGAAGCCAAGCAGUCUUUGGUCUUAGCGCAGCAGAUGAGCGAUUCAAGGUUGAUGGUGGACUCUACAGUGUCGCAAUCACAAUGGGUGGGAGUCUUGUCGCUGUGGGAGGAGCCGAGGGAAACAUUCGAAUCGUCGGGCUUCCAAGACUUGGCGCGCAACCAGCGAAUAGUACAGCUGGAGCAAAAGGUGCAGGUGCAAGGGCGAAGGCGGGCGGUGCAAAGCAAAGUGGCACGCCUGGUGCUGCCAAUUCAGCCAACGCUGGUGGUGCAUCAGCAGGGCAGGCUGGACAAAUCUUGGCGAGCUUGCAGGCACAAAGCGACGGCGUGGAAACUCUCGACUUCAGCCAGCCGCCUCUGCAAUAUCUCGCAGCUGGCAGCGUCGAUGGCUCGAUUGCGGUGUUCGACGUAGCCCACAGCUUCGCAGUCCGGCGGCAUAUCAAGGAGGCGCAUGCGAAUGAGGAAGUACCACAAGCAGUCACAAAGGUGCAAUUUGUGAAGACCGCACUAGGCACGCAGAACGACCGAAACUGGCUGCUUACUUCUGCUGGCAACGAUGGCGUUUUGAGGAGGUGGGAUGUUCGCGGUGGUACUGCUGCUGCUGGUCAGGGGCUUGCUGGAGAGUGGCGAGGACACACUGGAGAUCAGCCUGAUGAGAACGGCGAGAAUGGAGGUGGCAUUCUAGAUUUUGUGCAAGGCGGUGGAGGAAAGAGGGUCAUUACUGCAGGCGAUGAUGGUGUAGCUCUCGUGUUCGACACGGCUUGA